GGUUUUGUUGGCACUUUUCAGUAAAUCUAGGCUGGGCCGUAAGGCGCCUAGUAGGUUCCAGGGGCCAAGGCCUGGGGUGCUGGCGCGAGCAGGGUGCCCUGGAGAGAGUGCAGCGGGCCCCGGGACCCGGCCGACUGCAGGCCGCCGCGUGCACACCGCGUGCGCGCCGCCUCCGGGUAUAUGAAUCAAGAACGAUGGAGUAUGUGACAGACUCCACCAACCACAGCCUUGGACACAUACUGUGCUGUGAGUGUGGUGUCCCAAUUAGUCCAAAUCCUGCCAAUAUAUGUGUGGCCUGUUUGCGAAGUAAAGUAGACAUCAGUCAAGGUAUUCCAAAACAAGUGUCGAUUUCUUUCUGCAAGCAAUGUCAAAGAUAUUUUCAGCCACCAGGAACUUGGGUACAAUGUGCUUUAGAAUCCAAGGAACUUCUUGCUUUGUGUUUGAAAAAAAUUAAAGCCCCUCUUAGUAAGGUACGGCUUGUAGAUGCAGGCUUUGUUUGGACUGAGCCCCAUUCUAAGAGACUGAAAGUUAAAUUGACUAUUCAGAAGGAGGUGAUGAAUGGUGCUAUCCUUCAGCAAGUGUUUGUGGUAGAUUAUGUUGUUCAGUCCCAAAUGUGUGGAGAUUGCCACAGAGUGGAAGCUAAGGAUUUCUGGAAGGCUGUGGUUCAAGUCAGGCAAAAGACUUUGCACAAAAAAACAUUCUACUAUCUGGAACAGUUGAUUCUAAAAUAUGGAGUACAUCAGAAUACACUUCGUAUCAAGGAGAUUCAUGAUGGUCUGGAUUUCUAUUAUUCCUCAAAACAACAUGCUCAGAAGAUGGUAGAAUUUCUUCAGUGUACAGUUCCCUGUAGAUACAAAGCAUCACAAAGACUGAUCUCUCAGGAUAUCCAUAGUAAUACAUACAAUUACAGAAGCACUUUUUCUGUGGAAAUUGUUCCAAUAUGCAAGGAUAAUGUUGUUUGUCUGUCUCCAAAACUGGCACAAAGCCUGGGAAAUAUGAACCAGAUAUGUGUGUGUAUUCGAAUAUCCAGUGCAAUCCACCUCAUUGAUCCAAACACCUUGCAAGUUGCAGAUAUUGAUGGGAGCACAUUCUGGAGUCAUCCUUUCAAUAGUUUAUGCCAUCCCAAACAGCUAGAAGAGUUUAUUGUGAUGGAAUGCAGUAUAGUCCGAGAUCUCAAACGCAGUGCUGGUGCUGGAGUCAUAUCAAAAAAGCAUACCCUCGGGGAAGUCUGGGUACAGAAAACAUCCGAAAUGGAUACAGAUAAACAGUAUUUUUGUCGCACUCAUUUGGGACAUCUUCUGAAUCCUGGAGACCUAGUGUUGGGAUUUGAUUUGGCCAACUGUAACUUAAAUGAUGAGCAUGUCAACAAAAUGAACUCAGAUAAAGUUCCAGAUGUGGUAUUAAUCAAGAAGAGCUAUGACCGUACCAAACGUCAACGCCGUAGAAACUGGAAACUGAAAGAGCUUGCAAGAGAUAGAGAAAAUAUGGAUACAGAUGAUGAAAGGCAAUACCAAGAUUUUCUUGAAGAUCUUGAAGAAGAUGAGGCAAUUAGAAAAAAUGUCAACAUUUAUAGAGAUUCAACUAUCCCUGUUGAAAGUGACACAGAUGAUGAAGGAGCACCUCGAAUUAGUCUGGCUGAGAUGCUUGAAGACCUUCAUAUUUCCCAAGAUGCCACUGGUCAAGAAGGUGCAGCUAUGAUGACAUAAUGAGAUCAUGUUGUAGACUUUGCACAUCCAUGCAUGCAGGAUGCCUUCAUAUUUCAAGAGGAGAGAUUUAUUUUUAAACCUGAAUGAAUACGAUUAUUUUGAUUGCUCAAUGCACUAAAGGGUUUGAUAAUUUUGGAGCUUUAGAUAAUAAAAUAUUAGGGAGAAUUUAAUUAUUGCCAAUGUUUAGGGCAUUUUAUGCAUGUAGUUUUAUCACUUUACUUUUAUUUAAGGCUCUAUAUUAUUUUUACAUGUCUAAUGCUAUAUAUAAAAGCUCAGAAGUUGAGAUUCAUUAUAUGUUACCUAAAUAUUCGAAAGUAAAAUAAUCUUUUACAUUCUUUUUAUGUUUAUUGUUUUGUGGAAAGAACGUAUGAAUCAUUUUUAAUAUGAAUUUAUUAUGCACUUUGAUUCAUUUUUAUGUUCUCUGAGUAGGGAAAUUAUUGUUCAAUUUAUCACUGAACAGUGAGGAAGGAGGUUUAUCUUUUAUUUCUUCAUAAAAUUAACAUUUCCAAAAGCUUUCCUCUCUCCUUCUCCCUCCCUUGUGCUAGUAGACUAGUUACUUCAUAUAACAAUUUUUUUUUUUUUUUUGCUACUGGGGAUCAAACUGGACCUUGUGCUUGGGAGGCAGGUGAUGGUACCACUGAGCUAAAUCCCUGGCCCUAACAAUUUAAUUUUUGUUAUCUUUGCCUGGACCAGCAGUUUAGGCAGUAACCUGGUUCACAACUUUAAGAUUCUAGCAUGUAGAUGACAAAAGUGAAGUACAUUUUUAUUUUUAAUAAAGCAUGUUUUACUAUUAAUCAGAUUUGAAUGAAGAAUGCCUUCUAAAAGAAGACCAUUGACUUGGAUUUUAAAGUUUUCUGAGAUGGAAAUACUAUAAGCAAGGUCAGGUUUACUAAACAUGCCAAAGUAAUUGCUGUUUCACUAAUUCUAUGUGUAUCAAUAAAUGAAGAGUGAGCCAAUACCAAA